AUGGAGCUGGUUUGGAAUUCAGUCUUUAUUGUCCUCCUAAGUUUUUCGUGCUGGGGAUUAGACUGGGAAUCUGACCGAAAUUUCAUUUCAGCUGCUGGUCCUCUAACCAGUGACUUGCUGCACAACCUGGAGGAUCCACUGGGAAGCAAGGGUUCUAACGUCGUAGCAGAGGAAGAAGACAUUUAUGUUUGUCACCAGCCACUGCCUGCUUUCCUGCAGGAUUACUUCAGCAGUGUUCGUGCCAGUAAGGUCACUCAUUAUAAAGUAUUUCUGCCAUGGGCCCGGCUUCUCCCAGCAGGAAGCUCCAAGAACCCCAGCAGGAGAACCGUGCAGUGCUACCGGCGGCUCCUGGAGGCACUCAGGACCGCCCAGCUUCAGCCCCUGGUCGUCCUGCACCACCAGGCCCUCCCUGCCCACACCAUUCAGAGAAGUGCAGGCUUUGCUGAACUCUUUGCUGACUAUGCCGCAUUCGCCUUCCACUCCUUUGGCGACCUAGUUGAGGUCUGGCUCACUUUUAGUGAUUUGGAGAAGGUGAUAGCAGAGCUUCCUCACCAGGAAUCAAGAUCUUCGCGUCUCCAGACCCUCACUGAUGCCCACAGAAAAGUCUAUGAGAUUUACCACAAAAAAUAUGCUUCUCAAGGCCGAAAACUCUCUGUGGUCCUGCGAGCGGACGCGGUCGACGAGUUGCUGCUGGAACCCUCCACGUCUGCGCUCGCCAAGGGCGCGGUUGAUUUCCUCUCUCUUGAUUUGUCUUAUGAAUGCCAAAGUGAAGCAAGUUUAAAGCAGAAGCUGGGUAAAUUGCAGACUAUUGAGCCAAAAGUGAAAGUUUUCAUCUUCAAUUUAAAACUCCACGACUGCCCCUCUACCAGGAAGAACCCAGCCAGGCUUCUCUUUAGCCUUCUGGAAGCCAUAAAUAAAGACCAAGUGCUCACCCUUGGGUUUGAUAUUAAUACCUUCCUGAGCUGUCUACCAAGUUCCAAGAAAAGCUGGUCUUGUUCUCUGACCGAAAGCCUGACCCUUCAGACUGCCCCACAGCAGGACCUCAAGGCCACAGUAGGCUCCUUGCCACCGCGCUCAGCCUACCAGAGACUCUGGGAAACGUUUGCUAACCAGUCCAAGGCGGAAAGGGAUGUUUUCCUGCAGGACGUUUUUCCUGAAGGCUUCCUUUGGGGAGUCUCCACAGGAGCUUUUAACGUGGAAGGAGGCUGGGCUGAGGGUGGAAGAGGGGCAAGUGUCUGGGACCGACUCAAGCACCAGAAUGCCACCAAGGGCCAAGCAACGCCAGAGGUGGCCAGCGACAGUUACCACAAGGUGGACUCUGACACUGCCCUGCUUCGUGGCCUCCAAGUUCAGGUUUACAAGUUCUCCAUCUCCUGGUCCCGCAUCUUCCCCACUGGGCACGGGCACAGUCCCAGCCCCCAGGGUGUUGCCUACUACAACAAGCUGAUUGACAGCCUGCUGGCCUCCCACAUCCAGCCCAUGGCCACACUGUUCCACUGGGACCUGCCUCAGGCCCUGCAGGAUCACGGUGGGUGGCAGAAUGAGAGCACAGUGGAUGCCUUCCUGGACUAUGCAGCCUUCUGCUUCUCUACUUUUGGGGACCGUGUGAAGCUGUGGGUGACCUUCCAUGAGCCAUGGGUGAUGAGUUACGCAGCCUAUGGCACUGGUCAACAUGCACCAGGCAUCUCUGACCCAGGAGUGGCCUCUUUUAAGGUGGCUCACUUGGUCCUUAAGGCUCAUGCCAGAGCUUGGCACCACUACAAUAGCCACUAUCGCCCACAGCAGCAGGGACACGUGGGUAUUGUGCUGAACUCAGACUGGGCAGAACCUCUGUCUCCAGAGAAGCCUGAAGACGUGAGAGCCUCUGAACGCUUCCUGCACUUCAUGUUGGGCUGGUUUGCACACCCCAUCUUUGUGGAUGGAGACUACCCUGCUGCCCUCAGGGCCCAGAUCCAACGGAUGAACCAACAGUGCCCCAGGCCUGUGGCCCAGCUCCCUGAGUUCACCAAGGCAGAGAAGCGGCUUCUGAAAGGCUCUGCUGACUUUCUGGGUCUGUCUCAUUACACUUCCCGCCUCAUCAGCAAGGCUCAACAAGAUUCCUGUAUCCCUAGCUAUAAUACCAUUGGUGAUUUCUCUCAACACACAGACCCUGAAUGGCCCCAGACUUCAUCCCCUUGGAUUCAUGUGGUGCCCUGGGGUAUAAGGAGGCUUUUGCAGUUUACAUCCUUGGAGUACACAAGAGGAAGAGUUCCGAUCUACCUGGCUGGGAAUGGCAUGCCCAUAGGGGAAACUGAAGAUCUCUUUGAUGAUUCCUUGAGGGUAGACUACUUCAAUCAAUAUAUCAAUGAGGUGCUCAAGGCUGUCAAGGAGGACUCGGUGGAUAUUCGAUCUUACAUCGCUCGUUCCUUCAUAGACGGAUUCGAAGGCCCCUCUGGUUACAGCCAGAGGUUUGGGCUGCACCAUGUCAAUUUCAGUGACAGCAGCAAGCCGAGGACUCCCAGGAAAUCUGCCUAUUUUUUCACCAGCAUCAUUGAAAAGAAUGGUUUUCUCACCAAAGUAGUAAAAAGACUGCCACCACCCAGAACGGCAAACAUCCCCCCUAAAAUCAGAGCCUUUACUUUUCCAUCUGAGGUGCCCUCCAAGGCUAAAGUCAUUUGGGAAAAGUUCUCCAGCCAACCCAAGUUUGAAAGAGAUUUGUUUUACCAUGGCACAUUUCGAGAUGACUUUCUGUGGGGCGUAUCCUCAUCAGCCUACCAGACUGAAGGAGCUUGGAAUGCCGACGGCAAAGGCCCCAGCAUCUGGGAUAACUUUACCCACACGCCAGGGAGCAAUGUGAAAGGCAAUGCCACUGGAGACGUAGCCUGUGACAGCUAUAACCAGCUGGAUGCUGAUCUGAAUAUGCUUAGAGCUUUGAAAGUGAAGGCCUAUCAUUUCUCUAUCUCCUGGUCUCGGAUUUUCCCAACUGGGAGAAACAGUUCUGUCAAUAGCCAAGGUGUUGAUUAUUACAACAGGCUAAUCAAUGGCUUGGUGGGAAGCCACAUCUCUCCCGUGGUGACCCUGUUCCACUGGGACCUGCCCCAGGCCCUCCAGGAUAUUGGAGGCUGGGAGAAUCCUUCCUUGAUUGAGUUGUUUAACAGUUAUGCAGACUUUUGUUUCCAGACGUUUGGUGACAGAGUCAAGUUCUGGAUAACCUUUAACAAGCCCUCAUACCAGGCAUGGUUGGGUUAUGGCUCAGGGGAGUUUCCCCCGAAUGUGAAGGACCCAGGCUGGGCACCUUACAGGAUUGGCCAUGCACUCAUCAAAGCUCAUGCUAGAGUCUAUCACACUUACGAUAAGACGUACAGGCAAGAGCAGAAGGGGGUCAUCUCUUUGAGCCUCAGCGCACACUGGGCAGAGCCCAAGUCACCAGAGGUGCGGAGGGAUGUGGAGGCAGCUGACCGAAUGCUGCAGUUCUCCCUGGGCUGGUUCGCCCACCCCAUUUUCCGAAACGGAGACUAUCCUGAUGUCAUGAAGUGGAAAGUGGGGAACAGAAGUGAGCUACAACACUUAGCCACCUCUCGCCUGCCAAGCUUCUCCGAGGAGGAGAAGGGGUACAUCAGGGGCACAGCUGAUGUGUUCUGCCUCACCACGUACUCCUCCAGAAUUGUGCAGCAUACGACACCCAGGUUAAACCCUCCCUCGUACAAAGAUGACCAGGAAACAGCUGAGGAGGAGGACCCUUCGUGGCCCUCCACAGCAGUGAGCAGAGCUGCAGCCUGGGGGACACGGCGACUGCUCAGCUGGAUCAAGGAAGAGUAUGGUGACAUCCCUGUUUACAUCACUGAAAAUGGGGUGGGGCUGACAAACCCAAAAGUGGAGGAUACUGAUAGGAUAUUUUACCACAAAACCUACAUCAAUGAAGCUUUGAAAGCCUACAGGCUUGACGGUGUAGAUCUUCGAGGCUAUGCUGCGUGGUCUCUGAUGGACAGCUUUGAGUGGCUGAAUGGCUAUACAGUCAAGUUUGGACUGCACCAUGUUGAUUUCAAUAAUGUGAACAGGCCUCGCACAGCACGAGCCUCUGCCAGGUACUACACAGAGGUCAUCACCAACAACGGCAUGCCACUGCCCAAGGAAGAUGAGUUCCUCUACGGACGAUUUCCCGAGGGCUUCAUCUGGAGUGCAGCUUCUGCUGCGUAUCAGAUCGAAGGUGCAUGGAGAGCAGAUGGCAAAGGACUCAGUAUCUGGGACAUGUUUUCUCACACACCACUAAGGGUUGAGAACAAUGACACCGGAGAUGUGGCCUGUAACAGUUACCACAAGAUUGCUGAGGAUGUGGUCGCCCUGCAGAACCUGGGUGUGUCCCACUAUCGCUUUUCCAUCUCUUGGCCUCGCAUCCUCCCUGAUGGGACCACCAAGUACAUCAAUGAAGCAGGCCUGAACUACUACAUGCGGCUCAUUGAUGCACUGCUGGCUGUCAACAUCAAGCCACAGGUGACCAUUUACCACUGGGACCUGCCCCAGGCACUCCAGGAUAUUGGCGGCUGGGAGAAUGAGACCAUUGUGCAGCGGUUUAGAGAGUAUGCGGAUGUGCUUUUCCAGAGGCUGGGGGACAAAGUGAAGUUUUGGAUCACACUGAAUGAGCCCUUUGUCAUUGCUAACCAGGGCUAUGGCUAUGGCACACAUGCCCCAGGAAUCUCCUUUAGGCCUGGCACUGCCCCCUACAUCGUUGGCCACAACCUAAUAAAGGCUCAUGCUGAAGCCUGGCAUCUGUACAAUGACAUGUACCGUGCCAGUCAAGGUGGCGUGAUUUCCAUCACCAUCAACAGUGACUGGGCUGAGCCCAGAGACCCCUCCAACCAGGAGGAUGUGGAGGCAGCCAGGAGAUACAUACAGUUUAUGGGAGGCUGGUUUGCACAUCCUAUUUUCAAGAAUGGAGAUUACAAUGAGGUGAUGAAGACACGGAUCCAUGAAAGGAGCUUGGCCGCAGGCCUCACCAAGUCUCGGCUCCCAGAGUUCACUGAGAACGAGAAGAGGAGGAUCAAUGGCACCUAUGACUUUUUUGGGUUCAAUCACUACACCACUGUCCUGGCCUACAACCUUGACUAUGCCUCAUGGAUCUCUUCCUUCGAUGCAGACAGGGGAGUUGCCUCCAUCACUGAUCGCUCUUGGCCAGACUCUGGCUCCUUCUGGCUGAAGAUGACACCUUUUGGAUUCAGGAAGAUCCUGAACUGGUUAAAAGAUGAGUACAACAAUCCUCCAAUUUACGUAACAGAAAAUGGAGUGUCCCAACGGGGAGAGACAGACCUCAACGACACCGCAAGAAUCUACUACCUCCGCAGUUACAUCAAUGAAGCACUCAAAGCUGUGCAGGAUAAGGUGGACCUUCGAGGAUACACAGUUUGGAGUGUGAUGGACAACAUUGAGUGGGCCACAGGCUUCACAGAAAGGUUUGGUCUGCAUUUUGUGAACUACACUGACCCUUCUUUGCCAAGGAUCCCCAAAGCCUCAGUCAAGUUCUAUGCCUCUGUAGCCCGGUGCAAUGGCUUCCCUGACCCUGCUGCAGGGCCACACCCUUGUCUCCAGCCAGAAGAUGUUGGACCCACCAUCAGCCCCAUGAAAGGGGAAGAGGUUCUGUUCCUGGGGCUGACACUAGGUACAACAGAAGCCCAGACAGCUUUGUACAUACUCUUUACUCUUCUGCUUCUUGGAGUCUGCUGUGUGGCAUUUCUAUCAUACAAGUACUAUAAGCACUUAAAUAAGGUAACACAACCAGGCCAACAGGAAUUAAGCCCUAUUUCUUCAUUCUGA